AACAUGCCACGUCAUAAUAUCUGUUGAAAGAGGGCAUCACGAUAGGUUCUCAAGCUACGCAACUCCCAUACGCGACUAGCCGGACUAGCGAAUCUUUCAUACUAUAUAUUCAGUCAAUGUUUAUGUGAAUGAAUGUUUCGUGUAUCAAUGACAUUAUGACAUAUAUAUCUAUUAAAUUGUUGAAAAUAUCUGAUCACUCACUAUGACGAACCAGAGAAGUAAUAAUCUUAAAAAUAUAUUGUAUAUUAUACAUGAAUCAAAAAAUAAACACUGGACAAAUAUGAAUAUACAAGGUUAAAUAAUUGUGAAGUGAGAAUGAAAAUUUAUGUAUAUAUAUAGUAUGCAUAUAUAAAAUUUCAUAAUAAAUAUACAAAACGAAAUAACUCAAAUAAAUCUCUUUAAAAAAAGAGAAAAAAAAAUAUAUCUUUCAUGUAUAAUUUUUAAAAUUAUCUGACAUGAUUGAUAUAGACAUAGACAUGUUUUAUAUUAUACCUCCAAAUGGAGAAAUACCUUUUCAUAUUUUGGAAGAUUGCAUUCUAACUAGAUUAGAUUAUUUACGACAUCUAUAUGAAGGAUCUGUCAAUAAAUUUGAUGGAAACUUUGAAUAUUUAUUAGAAAAUUCUGCUCAUGAUAAAAUUGGACAUUUUGUAUUACGGUUAUUAGCUUGUGCAUCAUCAGAUUUACAUUUAUACUGGAUAACGAAAGAAUCAUUAUUAUUUAGACAUAGAUUAGAUAAUAUAUUACCUAGACAACUAUAUAGAUUAUUGAAACAAAUUAUAUGGAAGAUGCAAAUAUUUAAAAAUGAGAAGACUGCAACUGAAAUAACUCUGAUUGAGUUAUGCAAAUUCUAUUUACAACCCUUAAUUUUUAAACAUCUAGUAUCAAAUUGUCAUGAUUGCACUGACUUUCAAUAUGAAAUAAGAUUUGAAUUGGUUCCAAACUUAGUGAAAGAAAGAGAAUUAAUUAUUAAAAAUGGAAAUGUUAUUACAUAUUGUUCAAACUGGAAAAAAGUACUUCAAUCCUUAUUUUGUAAUUAUGUAAUUAAUGAAGUGAGUAUCAUGAAGAAACAAGCACUACAAACUAUAAAACAUGAUCUUAGAUUUCACAUUUUAAAUCAAAAAGUUCAAUCGUAUCUUUUCAAGAAAAAUAUUGCUCAUGGAAAUAUAACUAUUGAUAACAUAGAUGUAAAAGCACAAAAAUUUCCCUUAUGUAUGCAACAUUUACAUACUGUGUUAAGAAACAGACAUCGUCUUAGUCAUUAUGCUCGCUUAUACUAUAGCCUUUUUCUAAAAGAAAUUGGAAUGGAAUUAGAAGAUUCAAUCAUUUUUUGGAAGCAAGAAUAUUCCAAGCCACAUACUUGUUCUUCAGUAUGUUCACAUAAUUGGCAAUCAAAUGAAAAAAAAUUCAUAUAUAGCAUUAGACAUAUGUAUGGCUUAGAAGGAUCUCGAAGAAAUUAUAAGACACCUGAUUGUAAUUUAAUUUGUGGUGGUAUUAGUAGUGCAAUGUACGAAGGUGGUUGUCCUUUUAAAGAUUUUAAUAUGGAUACACUCAAAAAUCUUUUACACAUUUCAUUAACUGAAGAUGAAACAGACAGACUUAUAAGUAACAUAUCUAAUAAAAGACCAGAAGUUCUUUGCAGCGCUUUUUUGAGACUUUUAUGCAAAGAUAAUAUUGACAAUGUCAUUAAAAGUCCGGUAGAAUAUUAUCACAGGAUGAAUGAUUAAAUAU